CACCGACGCUCAGCUCCUCGGAGAUUCGGUCAGAAUUGAAUUCCGUUGAGGUCCGGUCGAUAUCUGGACAGAUUGGACCUUCCCCAACGCUCCAUUUCAGCUUGAGAAGAUCUACAUACGUCUCCUCAGUAUGGGGGGUUCUGGAUGGAAGAGCAGAAUACUGGUGCUCUUGGUCCUUGGCACUAUCAUCACUCUGUAUUGUCCCAUUAACCAGGCAGCGAAUAUAUUAGUCGUCCCCAUUGCUGGAAGUCACUGGAUCAACAUGAGGAUUCUAAUCGAAGAACUGAAGCUUCACGGACACAACAUCACUGUGCUAUACAAAGCAGGGGCUUGGCACAUCACAGAGAGACCUGACUUGUACAAAUCCAUUGUCAUUCAAGUGCAAGGAACCACUGCGCAGAUCGACGUGGUGGGAAUAAUUCUAAAUAACACACUGCGAAUUGCACAGAAUGGGUGGACCUUCAGAGGCAUUUUAGAAUUCCAGUUUGAAAUGUUUGCUUUUAUGCAGAGCUGCCAUAAGUUAAUGAAUGACUACAUUACUGCUACAUUCGAAAACAAAACUUUGUUAAACCAACUCAAAGAGGCAAAUUUUGACUUAAUGCUUACAGACCCUCUAUUCGCCGAUGGUCCCAUGCUUGCAUAUUACUUAAAACUUCCGCUGGUGUAUAAUGUCCGAUUGCUGGAUAGCGGGGAAGCACAUUUCCUCUUUGCCCCGUCACCACCUUCCUAUGUCCCGAUCUCCAGCUCGCAACUGACCGACAAAAUGUCCUUUCUCCAAAGAACACAAAACGCCAUCCAAAGUCUGAUUCAUUAUUCCAUUGCAGAACUUCUCAUUUUCCGCUUUUACAAUGAUCUUUGCCAUCGGUAUCUGGGACCAGACACGGACAUCAAGUCGAUUCUCCUCAGAGCUGAUGUGUGGCUGAUGAGGAUGGAUUUUGUGUUUGAAUUCCCAAGACCCACCAUGCCAAACAUUGUGUACAUCGGAGGCUUCCAGUGUAAACCAGCACGGCCUCUGGCAGCAGAGUUUGAGGAGUUUGUCCAAAGCUCAGGUAAACAUGGACUUGUUGUAAUGUCAUUGGGGACCUUUGUCCGCUCUUUACCAAUGGAGAUUACAAUGAAAAUAGCAGAAGCAUUAUCUCAAAUCCCCCAGAAGGUUAUCUGGAAAUAUGAUGGUGAGACCCCUCCCAAUAUAGGGAAUAAUACACUGCUGGCAAAAUGGAUCCCUCAGAACGACCUGCUGGGUCACCCCAACACACGAGUCUUUGUUUCACACGGAGGCACCAAUGGGAUUUAUGAAGCCAUCUACCAUGGGGUGCCAGUGAUCGGCAUGCCUCUGAUCUUUGACCAGUUUGACAAUGUAGUCAAACUCAAAUCCCGAGGAGCAGCAAAAGUGAUCAAUGUUGCAACGAUGCACUCCACAGAUCUGUUGCAGGCACUCAACGAGGUGAUAAACGACGCAUCUUAUGGGGACACCAUGAAGAGACUCUCCGCUCUCCAUCGGGACCAGCCAGAGUCGCCAAUGGAGAGAGCCGUUUUCUGGGUUGAGUACGUUGCCCGACACAAAGGAGCGGGGCAUUUGCGCUCAGAAUCUCACCGACUCCCCUGGUACGCUUACUAUUGUGUAGAUGUGAUGAUCUUUCUGUUGUCUGUGUUACUCCUGCUCACUGUGUUGGUGGUUGGAACACUGAAGAAACUUUGUCGUAUUGUUUGUAGCAAAAAGCAAAAGACUGAGUGAGAUGACCCUUUCUGUUUUGUGAGCUGGUCUUUUUUAAUUCUCUUAAUUAAAGGAUAUUGGUUCUGUCAUUAAUACUUACUGGAAAUCAUGAAUUUCGCAUAACAUUUUAAGUUAUGUCAGUCAAAUAUUAUCGUUUUGUAGAGAAAUACACAGGAAAUUUAUGGCACACAUCAAAAAUGUUUUUCACUGUAGCUUAGUACACGUGACAAUAAUCUAAAUGUAUAAACGUCUGAAUACAAUUAAAGGACUUUCCGGGCAAUGAACUACUUAACUCAUGGAAAUCAUACUUUAUGCAAAUUCUCCCAUACAUUUAUGAAGCAACUUAUGAUUACACACAGCAAAGCAAAGGAGAUAGUGAUC